AAAAAACGGAAAAUUCAUGUCUUGGCCGGGAAAAUUGUUGGUUACCUACGAAAACUUCACAACUGAUUUGCCUGCUCUUCAAAAUGGCAACAAAACAGAAGGAUGCCCCACUUCUUGUGAUUGCAAGUGCAAGUGCUGUCGAGGAUUCAGGGAGAAAUACGUGGCAUUUAAUGGGGAAAAUGAUUGUGGCUCCGAAUUUCCCAACGAAUUUUCCGGCGAAGGAGAAGAUGUCCAGAAAAUGAUGCGUUUUCGCAGCUCAGAUAUGUUGCUUUUACUGCAGGCAGCGCAAUUGCGUGAUAAUUUCUGGACCAAUCAGUAUUUUAAGGCUGACCUAAAAGAAGAUUUUCAAGCCAUUUCAGAGGUUUUCAAAGCUGAAAGAUGGAAAAUUAAUUUGGAAAAGCUAGCGGCCAUUAUGGAUACAGUGAGCUCUGGCUAUAGACGAGCGAUUAGUCAAUUAACGGGUGAGGAAGCCCAGGGAGCUCUGCGUCCCAAAAUGACAGCUCUUAAUUUACCAGGAUUACGAUGCGCUUGUCAAAAAUGUGAGCAACUUCCUUGGAAAAAGCUACGGGAUGUAGAGGAUCAUCAGAAAAAGCAUAGCUAUUCUGACAACUUUCACUGCACGAUUUGCUAUCGCAGAUUUUACCUGCAACAUUCACUAACUUCCCAUUUGAGCAGGAAAGUUGGAGGUAAAAACUCUAGCUCAAAAGAACUCGAAGAAAAUGGUCGUUACAAACGAUUUCUGGAAAACCAAAAGUUGAGAGAACAAGAGGAAUUGGAGUUACGACCCGCCAAAGUUGAGGAUAUAGUGGUGCCAGUCAGCAAGGACCUCGAGCUGUUUCUUAAGGAGGAGUCAAGAUCUCUUCCACGAAAACGAAAGACUUCCACCAAAACCAAAUGUCCACUUUGUGAUCAGAAAUAUGGCUUCUCCUUUAGCCACCAACUGCAUAUGGUUAAGCAUAAAAAGGACCAUUCAGAUCCUCCCAAACGCUUUCCCUGCCCCUUUUGUCACAAGUCCUUUCUCACCCAUAAAUUUCUACGUAAUCACAUGAGAAGAGUUAUAAUGGAAUGUAAACUGAGAUAUCGUUCUUUCAAGUGCCGUAGAUGUCCAUGGAGAUUUCAACUGUGUUCUGCCCUUAAAGCCCAUGUAAUCCGAAUGCAUGAGCGCAGAAAACCGUGUCUUAUUUGCCAACUUUCCACUGUGGGUCGCUGUUGUUCUUCUCAUACGCCGAAGGAAUGCAGGGAGGCUAUUAAAAAACAUCGCGAAAAAAUGCGCCUUUUAAAGGGACCUCCAAAAGGUGGCUGCAAGAAACAACCCAACCCGGUGUGUGAAAUCUGCGGAAAGGAAUUCACAAACAAGUUCUUCCUCAGGGAGCACAUGAACAAAACGCACUUAAAUAGGAGGAAUUUCACAUGCGAAAUCUGUGGAGCCCAUUUCUUCAGCCAGGGCACAAUGCAAACCCAUCGAAAAACAGUCCACCUCUUGUUGCAGGUCAUGAAAUGUGAGGUCUGCGAUCUCACCAUCAAAUCCAGGGCCAAUUACCUAAGGCACUGCAAGUCUCAAAGGCACAAGGAUGAGCUGUUUAAAUUGGGUUCAGAAAAAUGUACAGAAUCUAGUAAGGAAAAUAAUGCAGAAUCUACUACUACAAACGAAGAUAAGCCACCUAAGAGCAAACAAAAUAAAGUCAAGGCUCUGAAGAAGGAAAAAGUCAAAGUAAAAACCCCUUGCAGAUUUCAAAAGCCAGAAAAUGUUACUUUCUGUGAGCCCUGUGGAAAUUCUAUUGUGGGAAACAUGCAACGGCAUUACAGAUCAACUAAACAUAAGCGUAACCUAGCUGCACACAUUAGAAAUGAACAAAUAGCUAAAACAAUAUAAAAUAAAAUUAAACCAUCUAAAACAUUAUUAGUAUUAUUAUUGGCCAUUAACUCA